AACAGCAAGGGGUCUUAUUUGUUGUGUGGUUGUAAUUUGCAGUUCGGGGGCCAGGGUAUAAUCUCCUGUACGGUUGUAAUGUUUUGAUUCCAGCAUGUGCCUCGUCGCCCUUGUGUGAUGCCUCAUGAACAAAUCAGUGCAGUUUGAUUUGAGCCCAGAACAACCGCAUCCACUUCACUACCAACGUGAGACCAGCUUCAUAGUCUUCGCUGACAGGCGGCGGGGGGGGGAGGUCCUAAUCUCGCCGAGCAGCUGGGAGCAUUUUACCACGUGACGUGAGGGAUGUUAGAGAGCAGCCAUCAUCAUUUCACACAAUCCAUGUCCAGCCUGGAAUGGCUCAAGCGACCAGGAAGCAGGGAGCUACGAUGGAGUAAGUGCAGAGUGUGAAGCCGGAGCCGGUGACAUCUCCUCCUCUGUUCCACUGCCUCCAUUAAGGUAGCCUUCAAGCAACACCUGGGCUGACAACUGCUGUCUGCAUCUAGUAGCAGAGGAGCACUUCCAGUUUCUGAGGUUGCAGGAGCACAGUGGAGGAGCGCGGAAUACUCCCCCCAUUAAUCUUUGAGGAGGGGGGGGGGGGGGUAGGAGGAGGGAGAAGGAGCUGCUGUAACGACCCCGAGCAUGGGGCAAAAAGUCCCUGGUGGCAUUAAAACCAUUGAUAUGCGAGAUCCGGCGUUCAGUCCCCUGAAGCUGGAGCUCCAGGCCCUGAGUCACACCAAGCCGUCUCGACUCGAUCUGCUGCUGGACAUGCCGCCUGCCGGCCUGGACGCACAGGUCCAGCACUCGUGGAACAACGACGACCGUUCCCUCAACAUCUUCGUCAAGGAUGACAACAAGCUGGUGUUCCACAGGCACCCCGUGGCGCAGAGCACAGACGCCAUCAGGGGCCAUAUCGGCUACACAAGGGGUUUGCACGUUUGGGAGAUAAGCUGGGCCAUGCGUCAGCGUGGCACGCAUGCCGUGGUCGGAGUGGCUACAAGUGACGCCCCGCUACAUUCCGUAGGCUACGCAGCGUUGGUAGGAAGCAAUGCUGAGUCGUGGGGCUGGGACCUGUGCAGGAGUAAACUAUACCAUGAUGGCAAGAACCACCCAGGGAAAACAUACCCAGCCUUCCUGGAGCCAGACGACACCUUCAUAAUACCCGACUCCCUCUUAGUAGUCUUGGACAUGGACGAGGGAACUCUGGGUUACAUAGUGGACGGACAUUAUCUAGGAGUAGCAUUCAGAGGACUUAAGGGCAGGAAGCUGUACCCCGUGGUGAGCGCCGUGUGGGGACACUGUGAAAUACGAAUCCGGUACAUAAAUGGUCUUGAUCCUGAACCCCUCUCUCUCAUGGACCUGUGUAGGCGUUCGGUGAGGGUGGCAUUAGGAAGAGACCGUCUGAGUGAAAUCCAUAGACUGCCUCUGCCAGCUUCUCUCAAGAACUACCUGCUCUACCAAUGAUGCCGCUUACAGUUGCAUUACACACACACACACACACACACACACACACACACACACACACACACACACACACACACUGAUGCACAGCACACCCUCGUCUCUUUCUCAUGUUUCUCUGGGAUCCUUCUUGCGUUGAACCCGUUUGACAGGAUUGUUCAAACCUCUCAACAAGUUUGCUUCUCUGUCAGUUUCUUAUCCUGUUUUUAUGACUCUUUGCAAUUGUAUUCUUUAACUUUAUAAAAAUCAGGAAUCACUGAGCACUAUGCACAUGCUUAUCCAGGCGAUGCAACGACAGUCACCAUAUUGGUGUACCUCCUCCAGUUUGAUGUGGCAUAUGUAGUCAGUACCUCUGCUGCGACCUCCAGGCUUUGUGAUUCAACAAUUUUAAAUGAACUGUUAUUUUGCUGAGACAAGUGUGUAAUAGAUUGACUUGGUGCAAAAGUGCUCUGUCAGUAUCUGACCACAAGGUGGCAUCACAUUCACAUGUCAACUUGUGCAUCCUCAAAAAACUAAUGCUUUCAGAAAAUGUGUUUUUUAAUUAGCUAAUAAAUGAAAAAAAGUGAUGCUGACCACUCCAUUGUGAGUCUGAAAUACAGUGUGGAUGAAAGCACUGAGGCCGCUGAAGAGCAGCUCCCACCACUCACUGCACUCAGUUCUCUAUGGGAUAUGGAUGGAAGUCAACUUCCUCAGCAGAAACUGUAAAAGAAGAAAAAUGUCACUGUGAUUAUUUGUAGCAUGCAUCGACAGGAUUAAUUUUGUUCUGUAUACAAUCAGUGUCUUUUUAAUUUUUUCUGUCACUCCUUUUUGUAGUUCAGUAAUUUUCGCCCACAUGCUGUCAAGGCUCAGGAGUGCAGUGUUUAAUAAUUUUACCUGCUACUCUCGGGUCUCACUGUCACAUAGCUGAGAGCCAUUGAUGUAGUGUGUUUUAUGAGGUGGAGGCCAGAUUAUGUAGGUGAACAUCGUUGUGCCUGAAUCAGCAAACCUCACAUUUAAGGCAACGUAAUGACAGAAAACACAAUCCACAAAGUGCUGCACAAAUGUGAAGGUCCGAUUGCCAACAUAUUGUCAAACGCCAUAUCAUAGACCUGUUGACUCUAGUAUUUUUUUAAUGUGCAGACAUCCACGUUCAGCACUCAGCUGGAUGUGGACAUACUGUGCCACACCUUACUUUUCCCUGCUUGCAGAUACCAUUUUUAUUUGUACUCCUUGUUGUAGAUUUGUUUGUAAGUAUCUAUUAAAGAUUAUUUCAAAUUAUA